CAAAACAGAAUUCCUACUAAGUAGUGGCUGAGCCUAGCUGGGCACGCUGAAGCCAUGGCAGGCCGAGCUCUCACUUCCUUCCUGCUCACUGCCACCAUCCUGGCGGCGCUCCUAGCGACAUGCCACGCCGGCGGCAUCGCCAUCUACUGGGGCCAGAACGACGGCGAGGCGUCCCUGUCCACGACCUGCGCGUCGAGCAACUACAAGUUCGUCAUCCUCGCGUUCGUCUACAAGUUCGGCAAGGGGCAGACGCCGCAGCUGGACCUAUCCAGCCACUGCGACCCCUCGUCGGGCGGCUGCAAGGCGCUGAGUGAGGACAUCCUCCUGUGCCAGCGCCGCGGCAUCAAGGUCCUGCUCUCCAUCGGCGGCGCCGUCGGCAGCUACGGCCUGACCUCCGAGGGGGACGCGCGCGACGUGGCCGCGUACCUCUGGAACAGCUACCUCGGCGGCACGUCGUCGUUCCGGCCCCUCGGCGACGCCGUCCUUGACGGCAUCGACUUCGACAUCGAGCACGGCAGUGCCAAGUACUGGGGCAGCCUCGCCAGCGACCUGAAGAACAUGAGCAAGAACCAGGGCGGCAAGGAGGUGCUGCUGAGCGCGGCGCCGCAGUGCCCGUUCCCGGACGAGUGGGACAGCGGCGCGAUCGACACGGGGCUGUUCGACUUCGUGUGGGUGCAGUUCUACAACAACCCGGAGUGCCAGUUCAGCUCGGGGCGCAGCGCGUUCCUGGCCGCGUGGAAGCAGUGGGAGUCGGUGCCGGCGGGGAAGAUCUUCCUGGGCCUGCCGGCCUCCAAGGGCGCGGCGGGCACCGGGUUCGUGCCCCCCGGCGAGCUCAACUCCCGCGUGCUGCCGCUCAUCCGGGGCUCGCCCAAGUACGGCGGCGUCAUGCUCUGGUCCAAGUACUACGACGACAGCACGGGCUACAGCUCCGCCAUCAAGAGCCACGUCUGAUAUUUGCCGUGAAAUUAAGGUCGAUCGGCAUACGCAUGGUGUCGACAAAAUAAAAUGGUUUAUCUUUGCGCUUGCUCGUGUUCGUCUGUCGACGUGUUUCAGAGUUGGGAG